UUUAGGCAACCGCUCUACUUUAUUGUACCACCAGCCUGUGGAAUGUGCGGAGGGAGACGGCGCAGUGAUGCGGCUGACGAAUUUUUUCAGCGUGUCUGGGUUCUCCAAGGAGGAUACAAGUGUAUCUUUAGCCCCACCUGGUGGCCAACACAGAAUUGUGCAGACAACAUGGCGGCCCCCGUGAGGACAUUGUGCUGUUCAGUGUUGAGGCUCUCCAGCAGGCAGUUCAGCACGACGUGCCGCGUACAGGCUGGACUCAAAUGGAGGAAAGAGCACGGACUUGGCCGAAGCGGCUCAGAAUAUGGCCCCCUGACAGAUCUGCCUGAUUGGUCAUUUGCAGACGGUAGACCAGCACCUCCAAUGAAGGGACAGCUCAGAAGGAAACAAGAGAGAGAAGUUUUAGCUAGACGCAUCGUGAUGCUGAACGCGGAGGUGGACAGAGGAAUGGAGGUGUGGAGGGAAAAACAGGAAGAGGCCAAAAUAAUGGAGGAGCACAAAAAGUCCCUUUUACUCAAACCUAAAGGGAAACUACUAUUGAAGAAAAAAUCUCAAAGCUAGAAACAAGUUGCAGUGUCCUUAUUCUGAAUAUGUUGAUAGUCAACCUAUUGAGUAUAUUUAUCAGGAUUUGUGCGUUUUCUUCAGCUUUACAAUUCGUGUUUUUUCCUACUGUUCAUGGAUUUCUGCAAUAAAUGUUUGUUCCGUUUAUACUUCA